UAAUCAGUUCUCUUUGAAACGUUAAGCGGUAAACAUGGUUUUCUGAAAUAGCAGCGCUUCCGUGAAAGUUUCUUGUUUUUAAGUAAAAGUUGUUACUGAAUACCAUUCCACGCACGACGCGCAGCCAACUACUUACUAGUAGCACGAACGACGAAACGUUUUCAUUCUGUUUUUUCGGUUAAGUGUUUGGACUUGAAGCAGAAGCAGUGAUAUUUAUUUCGCAUAUUUUUUUGGAUUAUUGCGCGCUGCUGUUAAAAAUAUUAAAUAUUGUUAAAAAAAUUAAAAAGUUUCGAAAAUCAAAUAACGCAAACGAGAGAACUUCAUUAUAGUUAAAGCAACAGAAGUUGCUAAAGUGAAGUUAGAAAGUUAAGAAGCAAAAAAAAUUAACGAAUUAGAAAAAAAUAAAAAAUUUAAUUUGAAAAAAAUUUAACACUGAAAAAUAAAAAAAGUGUUUAAGCAUACCAACUACAACAAAAAAAUACAAAAAUUACAAAAGUGCCACAACAAUUACUGCAAGUGUGUACGAAAUCGCUCCGCUCGCAUUUACCAACAAGGAUUACGGUUUGCGCGUUUGACUUAAGCGAUUAUACUUGGUGAAAAAAAAUUGUUAAUCAAAAUCAAAAAAAGAACUGUGACUUUGAAAAAUAUGUUUCGCCGCAGCUAAUACAUAGCUAAAGAAAGCUCUGUGCGCCAUGUUGCAACUAUGCCAUGUGCAGUUACAAAGUGCUUGCAACCAAAUUUGUUGAGUGUUAAUGUCAAUAGAAUUCUGAAAUAAAACAACAAAUCCGCAUACAAACCAAUUGGAAAGCAAAAAACAACAACAAUUAUAAAUUGUAAAGUGUUCACGAGUGACUGCCAAGUCAACUCAACCAAAAACCAUUAAACAACAAUAAAAAUAACCACACACACAAAAUCACACAAUGCGUACCGCCAAGAGUAGAACGUCGGGCGCAAUCUGCUGCCACCUAACCUACCUGUUUAUUAUCAUCAUCAGCAGCCUGACCGGCAGCUAUACGCAUGCACAGCAAUGCUCGUGGGAGUUUGUGCGCACCACACUCGACAUCAAGUGCAAUUUGCGCGCCAUCGAAGCGCAAGUGCCGCUCGAUCUUCAGGUCGCCGAGACCGCGAAUCGCUUGGAGAUACAGUGCUCCGCCGAUCUGUUGCACGCCAGCGAGUUGCCAGCCGGCGCCUUUGCGCGUCUGCAAAAGCUCGCCGAGCUGCAAGUGGAUGCGUGCAAAAUGCAACGCAUCGCUGCCAACACUUUUGACGGGCUCAUGUCGCUGAAACGGUUGUCGGUGCAAACGCAUAAUUCCGUUUGGGGACCGGGUAAAACGUUGGAAAUAAUGGCGAGUUCAUUUGCCGGUCUGCGCGAAUUGAGCGAGUUGAAUUUGAGUGACAAUAAUAUACGCCAGUUGCCCGAGGGCGUGUGGUGUACCAUGCAGAAUUUGCAAGUGUUGAAUUUGACGGCGAAUCGUAUACGCUCCGCUGAGAAUUUGGGCUUCUCGGAGAAGAUGUGCAUGCUGAAUGGCGCCAGCGGUGGCGCCGAGCUGCAAGUGUUGGAUGUGUCGUACAAUGAGCUGCGCGCACUGCCCGAUGUGUGGGGCGCUUCGCGUUUGCGGCGUCUGCAGCAAUUGAAUUUGCAACACAACAACAUCAGCACGUUUGCAUCGAAUGCAUUGGCCGGCUUGAGCUCGUUGCGCAUACUGAAUUUGUCGUACAACCAUUUGGAGACGCUGCCCGCCGAUGCUUUUGCGGGCAAUAAGGAGAUGCGUGAGAUACACUUGCAAGGCAAUGAGCUGUAUGAUUUGCCCAAAGGUUUGCUGCAUCGCCUGGAGCAACUGGUGGUGCUGGAUCUGAGCGCUAAUCAGCUGACGAGCCAUCACAUCGACAACAACACAUUCGCUGGUCUCAUACGCUUGAUCGUGCUGAACUUGUCCAAUAAUGCGCUGACACGCGUGGGCGCUAAGACUUUCAAGGAGUUGUAUUUCUUGCAAAUACUCGACAUGCGCAACAAUUCUAUUGGACACAUUGAAGAUGGCGCUUUCUUACCAUUGUACAACUUGGUUACGCUGAAGCUCUCGGAGAAUCGUUUACACACGCUGGACAAUAAGAUCUUCAACGGUUUGUUUGUGCUGAAUAAACUGACGCUAAACAAUAAUCUAAUUAGCAUUGUCGAGACACAAGCCUUCCGCAACUGCUCAGACCUCAAAGAACUUGAUCUUAGCUCCAAUCAGCUGGCUGAGGUGCCUGAGGCCGUGCAAGACUUGACUAUGUUAAAGACACUGGAUUUGGGUGAGAAUCAGAUCUCCGACUUCAAGAAUGGCACCUUCAAGAAUCUGAGUCAAUUGACUGGACUGCGUCUAAUUGACAAUCGUAUUGGCAACAUCACCGUUGGCAUGUUCACCGAUCUGCCACGCUUGACUGUGCUCAAUCUGGCUAAGAAUCGCAUACAGUCCAUCGAACGUGGCUCCUUCGCUAAGAACACCGAAAUCGAGGCCAUACGUCUGGAUAAGAAUUUUCUUACGGACAUCAAUGGCAUCUUCGCAACACUCGCCUCCCUACUGUGGUUGAAUCUCUCCGAAAAUCAUUUGGUCUGGUUCGAUUACGCCUUCAUACCAUCAAACCUGAAAUGGCUGGACAUACACGGCAACUACAUUGAGGCGCUUGGCAACUACUAUAAACUACAAGAAGAAAUACGCGUGACCACACUGGAUGCUAGUCAUAAUCGCAUCACCGAGAUUGGCGCUAUGUCCGUGCCGAACUCCAUUGAACUGCUGUUCAUCAACAACAAUAUCAUCAAUCAGAUACAAGCGAAUACUUUCGUCGAUAAGACACGCUUAGCGCGCGUGGAUCUGUAUGCUAAUGUGUUGUCGAAGAUCACUCUGAAUUCGCUACGCGUCGCACCGGUCGCCACCGAUAAGCAAGUGCCGGAGUUUUAUUUGGGCGGUAAUCCGUUCGAGUGCGACUGCUCAAUGGAAUGGCUACAACGCAUUAACAAUCUUACCACCCGCCAGCAUCCACGCAUUGUCGAUCUCGGCAACAUCGAAUGUCUAAUGCCGCACAGCCGGAAUGCGCCCAUACGUCAACUGGCGGCGUUAAGCAGCAGCGACUUUGUCUGCAAAUACGACUCCCACUGUCCGGCGACGUGCCACUGCUGUGAUUUCGAACAAUGCGACUGCGAAAUGGUUUGCCCCGACAAUUGUACCUGUUUCCAUGACGCUACCUGGUCGACAAACAUUGUCGACUGUGGGAAACAGAAUCGCAUUAAUCUACCCGCACGCAUACCGACCGACGUCACCGAUCUCUACUUGGACGGCAACAACCUGCCAGUGCUGGAUGCUCAGGUGUUUGCGGGCAAACGUAAUUUACGUGCGCUCUACCUGAACGCCUCGAAUGUAAUGUCCGUGCAGAAUGGCACUUUCGACGAGUUGAAUAUGGUGCGCACACUGCAUUUGGAGAAUAACAAAUUGCAAACGCUGGAGGGACACGAAUUCCGUCAGUUGUCACUGUUGCGCGAAUUGUACCUGCACAACAAUCUGCUGACCCACAUCUCGAAUACCACAUUCGCGCCGCUAGUGUCGCUGAAGGUGUUGCGACUCGAUAAUAAUCGUAUGACGGCUAUGCCGAUUGCGCAGCUGGCCAACUUGCAGUACCGUAACAAUUUGCAGGGUCUGACUAUUGGCCGCAAUGCGUGGUCAUGCCGUUGCCAAUUCUUGCAGGAGUUGGCGCAAUUCGUGGCGGACAAUGCGAUGGUUAUACGUGACGCGCAGGAUAUUUACUGUGUGGAUGCGGGUGUGAAGCGCGAACUCGAUUUGAUCGCCUCGAAUGGUGUGGACUGCAGUGAGCUCUUGGAGAGCGCCAGUAAUAUGGCGUCACAAGACAUCUCCGGCGGUUAUGUGCCACUGCUCGCCGCUGUGCUGGUGCUGAUCUUCCUAAUUGUUGUGCUAAUCAUUGUUUUUGUCUUCCGUGAGUCAGUGCGUGUGUGGCUGUUUGCACAUUAUGGCGUGCGUGUAUGUGAGCCACGUUUUGAGGAUGCCGGCAAGCUGUAUGAUGCCAUCAUUUUACAUUCGGCUAAAGAUUACGAAUUUGUGUGCCGCAACAUUGCCGCUGAGCUAGAACAUGGACGCCCACCAUUCCGUCUAUGCAUACAACAACGCGAUUUGCCACCAGAAGCCAGCCAUUUGCAAAUCGUCGAGGCGGCGCGUGCUUCACGUAAGAUCAUAUUGGUGCUCACACGCAAUUUGCUAUCGACAGAGUGGAAUCGUUUGGAAUUCCGCAAUGCCUUCCAUGAGGCGCUACGCGGACUCGCACAAAAACUGGUGAUCAUCGAAGAAACGAAUGUGUCCAGCGAGGCUGAAGAGGUGCCUGAGCUUGCGCCUUACCUAAAAUCUGUGCCCUCAAAUCGUCUGCUCACCUGUGAUCGCUACUUCUGGGAGAAACUGCGCUAUGCCAUACCAAUUGAGCUGUCACCACGCGGCAACAACUACACUCUGGAUCAUCAUGAACGCUUCAAGCAACCCGUCUCACCUGGUAUGAUCUUCCGUCAAGCGCCACCACCACCCGCCUACUACCAAGAAGAUAUGGAAGCUAACUACUCGUCGGCUACAACAGCCACACCCUCGCCACGCCCCAGUCGUCAUGGUGCGCGCAUUGUUGAUGCGAUACCCAUGCGUCCACCCUCCGAGCACAUCUACCACAGCAUUGAGUCGGAAUAUAGCGCUUAUGAUCCCCAGGAAGCGCUUUCCAUGAUACCAAAUGGCGGUAGCGCGGCCACAUUCAUGCAACACCAUGCCCACCAGUCGCAUCAUCCCCUACAACAUCCGCAACAACAGCAAUUGCUCGCACCCAAUAGCUACCGCGUACACCAUCAUGCGCAGACCAACCCUCGCAACAGCACGGUCGGUCAUCAGGCAAUGGUCAUGCAACUGCAACAACAACAUCAGCAACAACAACCACAACAGUGGCGUCCAUCAAUGUGUAUGACACAAGCAGCGGCAGCGCCAUCAUCAGCGAAUUUAAUGUCCGGUGCGACGACAACAACGACAACGUUGACGAUGCCAACCAAUCAACAGUCGAACGCUGGCACAGCGCCCGUACACUUGCGCAGCGGCAGCAAUUUGAGUCAGGCGAGUACGAGCACACAAUCAACAGCUGCGGCUGCGCAAACGCCCCAACCGCAAGCAUCCACAUCCGCUGCGGCGGCGGCAGCUGCAAAAGCGGACAACAGUAGCAUUGCGGCAGCGGCGGCAGAGGCGAUGGGAAGCUCAAGCGCGGCGAAUAAGAACAAUGGCCAAGCGUUUUUGGUAUAAUGAAAGCCACAAAAGCUGAAGCAGCAGCAGCAGUACUAUGACAACGCCAAACAACAACAACAGCAGCUGCAGCAGCAAAUGCAUUGGCUGCCACAGCAACAACAAGCACAGCUGCAAAGCGCACGCAAAAAGGGCAGACAUGUUGAUGAGUUGGUUGUUGUUGUCGAGCGCUUAACGUGAGUUGAAUGAGCGCGCACUUACCGCAGCCAAAGUGCCAUUGUACUGACUUUUCGUUGUUGUUGUUAUCAUUAUUGCUGCACGCUUUGUUAGCCAGCGCACACUGCCAACCACCACCACCACCACCACGAUCACCACUUCCAUUUGCCACAACGCGUACUCUAAGUGCGCCGCGUACCACCUACAUACAUACAUCAAAUACAUACAUACCAGCGCUUACGUGUGUAUGUAUGUUGUUUGUAUGUAUUGAGUUUUGACUGAGGCAGCUUUGCAAGCCAUUCACGACACGACGUCGACGUAGCCGCCGCCAUCUUUAGCGGACCAACGCGAAAGCGUAAAAGAACUAAGCAACUUUUUAUUGUAAUAUGUAUAUAGAGAAAAAAACAAAAACAAAAAAACGUUAUGUUUAUGCAGUUGAAAACAUGUUCAGCGACACGCGAACCAACACACACACACACACAGCGAGCGACUCAUGCGGCGCGCAACAUGCAUGAAUUAGCCAUGCCUUCAGCACACAUUGCCACAUAUACGAAUUUACUGGAGACUAUAUGUAGGCACAUGUAGUGUGAACAGAACUCGCGCACAAAAGGAAACAAAAGCAGCAGCAGCGGCAGCAGCACCAGCAACAUUUCGAUGUGAGAAGCAAAAGACUUUCCAUAGGAGUUUAAAACAAUUUAUUAUUAUAUACAUACACACCACUAUAUAUAUAGAUAUAUUUGAAAUUUAUAUAGAAAAAGUUAUGCUAUGAUAUGUAAAUCUAUCGAGUUGUAUGCUCAUGUCUGUUUAUUGUAUGCAACAGUGUGGCGACACACACAAGCGUUCGCCUUGUUGUGCGCGUUGUUGUUGUUUGUUGAAAAAAAAAAACACUUUUUCAAAUUCAAUGUGAUAUUAAAUAAAUAAUUUAAAAGUAUAUUAUUAUAUUAUAUAUGCAUGCAUACAUACAAACAUAUGUAUGUAUGCGUGUGUAACUGUAAAAUAUUGAAAAUAUUGUACUAUACUCUAAAGCCGUAGUUAAAAAGCAAUUGUGUAUUUGUAUUUGUAAAUGUAUAGUUAUGUAUAGGAUCGUACUAAUUAAUUUUAAAUUUAUUAUUAUUAUUAUUAUUAUUGUUUAUAAUUACUUAAUGAAAAUGUUCGAAAUAAGAAGAAGAAGAAGCAGCGAUUUUUUGUUAACUGUAAAGCGUGACACAGCCACACAAAUACUACCACAACCAACUACAAAAGUAAAAUGAAUUGUAAACUUAGUUACUUAGCGAAGCAUAAAUGAAUUAGUAUUUG